ACGUUGUGUUCUUCCUUUCAGUGUGUUCUGUUUUUUCAUUCAUCCCUCCAUUUCAUGUCUCCCUCCUCCUCCUCCUCCUCCUCCCCCAGUCAGCCUCAGAAGGUGGAGAGGGCGGAGGAACCCGACGUCUUCUCUCCACCCAUCAGUUCCGGGGGUCAGACGCCUCGGAGAGACCUGGAGAAGCAGCUCACUGGAGAGGAGAAAGCUCUGCGACCCGGUGACCCCGGGUUCUGCGCCCGGGCGAGAGUCCCAAUGCCGUCCAACAAGGACUAUGUAGUUCGACCCAAGUGGAACGUAGAGGGCGACUCCAGCAGG